AUGGUACUGCAGAUUAUUUCUAAAUCUUACAAUUUGACGAUUCACUUGGCGAAGUUGCCAAAUGAUGUUUUGUCUCGCUGCUGCAGAGCUGCCAUUCCAGGUGGAGCUGCAGGAGACGGCAAGCCUCCAGGUAAAGUGAUUGCUACUGGAGGUGGUGGAGGUGGCGGGUCUGCAGCAAAUGGUGGUGGUGGAAGUGGCGGGCCUCGAGCUAUUGCCGGUAGUGCUGGUGUUGGUGGCGGGCCUCCUGGAGGUCGUGGUGGAAGCCCUUCAUCUCCAGCUACUGGUAGUGCUGGAGGUGGCGGGCCUCCAGCUACUGCCGGUUGUGCUGGUGGUGGUUGCAGGCCUCCUGGAGGUGGUGGUGGAGGCCCUCCAUUUCCAGCUACUGGUGGUGCUGGUGGUGGCGGGCCUCCAGCUACUGCCGGUUGUGCUGGUGGUGGUGGCGGGCCUCCAGCAACUGCCGGUAGUGCUGGUGGUGGUGGCGGGCCUCCAGCUACUGCCGGUAGUGCUGGUGGUGGUGGCGGGCCUCCUGUUAGUGGUGGAGGCCCUCCAGCUACUGCCGGUAGUGCUGGUGGUGGUGGCAGGCCUCCUGUUAGUGGUGGUGGCGGGCCUACUUUUAGUGGUGGAGGCCCUCCAGCUACUGCCGGUAGUGCUGGUAGUGGUGGCGGGCCUCCUGGAGGUGGUGAUGGAGGUCCUCCAUCUUUAGCUACUGGUGGUGCUGGAGGUGGAGCGCCUCCAGCUACUGCCGGUAGUGGUGGUGGCGGGCCUCCUGGAGGUGGUGGUGGAGGCCUUCCAUCUCCAGCUACUGGUGGUGCCGGAGAUGGCGGGCCUUCAGCUACUGCCGUUUAUGAAUUAUGA